AUGACGCCGGCUUUAUAUUCGAUACUGUCCGCCAUUCUUCUAACUUCUGUAAUUGCACAGGUCGAGCCCAACUAUGAAGACAACGGCGCCCAAGCCGCGUAUUCUUCAUUUAGCAAUCCCCAGCCAACAGAUACCCCAAUCCUUGGGCAAUAUGGCCAUUCACCACCCGUGAUCCCAUCUUCCGAAAUAUCUGGACUCGGGUGGGAAAACGGCUUAAAGAAGGCCAAGGCCUUCCUGGGACAAUUAACCCUGGAAGAGAAAGCCGAUAUUGUCACCGGCACGCCGGGCCCAUGUAUCGGCAACACUGCCCCUAUCCCCCGACACGGGUGGAAGGGCCUCUGUCUCCAGGAUGGCCCGAUGGGUAUCCGCAUGGCCGACUAUGCAAGUGUCUUCGUUUCCGGCGUUUCGGCUGCUUCAACCUGGGACCGGAAGGUUCUAUACGAGAGGGGCGCCGCUAUGGGCCACGAGUUCAAGGACAAGGGUGCUCAUGUCUUCCUCGGACCCGUUGCUGGCCCGCUCGGACGUAAUCCAUAUGCUGGUCGGAACUGGGAGGGUUUCGCAGCGGAUCCUUAUCUCACCGGCGUAGCCAUGGAAGAAACAAUCACGGCGAUUCAAGACGUUGGUGUCCAGGCGUGCCCUAAGCACUUCAUCGGCUACGAGCAGGAGAAGCAGCGCCAGCCCAGCAUUCCUGAGAACAAGACUUUCGAUACGCAAGUUAUACAAGAGUCUGUUUCGUCUAAUAUUGACGACAGGACGAUACACGAACUCUACCUCUGGCCGUUUGCAAACGCCAUCCGUGCUGGGGCCGCCAGCGUUAUGUGUUCAUAUAACCGGCUCAAUGGGUCCUAUGCGUGCCAGAAUUCCAAGGCCCUUAAUGGGCUUCUUAAGGAAGAGCUUGGGUUCCAGGGCUACGUCCAGUCUGACUGGGGCGCCACACACUCGGGGCUGGCGUCUAUUGAAAGCGGGCUGGAUAUGAACCUCCCCGGAGGCUUCGAUAUGUAUGGGGAUCAAUGGACGGGAUCCUUCUUCGGUGGGAAUGUCACAGCUGCAGUCAAGAACGGGACUCUUGCUAUCGAACGCUUGGACGAUAUGGUGCUUCGGGCUAUGACACCGUACUAUGCUCUCGGGCAGGAUAAGGACAGCUACCCCAGCAUCGACAAAUCCAGUGCUCGCCUUAAUAACUUCAGCCCGCAAGAUGACUGGGUCCAUAACUUUACCUUCUCUGGGACCUCGCACCGCGAUGUUCGCAGGGACCACGCGGAGCUGAUUCGCGAGCACGGCGCUGCCUCGACUAUCCUCCUGAAGAAUCAACGCGGUGCCCUCCCCUUGAAGAAGCCCAAGAACAUUUACAUAUACGGGAACGAUGCCGGAGACGUCCUCCACGGGCCCUACAACACCGAGAACUACGAGUUUGGUACGCUUGCUGCCGCUGGAGGCUCCGGCACUGGGCGAUUCACCACCCUUUCCACGCCCCUCGACGCGAUCAAGGCCCAGGCUGCUCAGGAUGGCUCAUUUGUCCGAUACUGGCUCAACAACACACUGAUCCUCUCAGACACUGCGGAAUCCGACUGGCAGCUGUGGGACUACGAGCAGCCAGAUGUCUGCCUCGUAUUCCUCAAGAACUGGCACGAGGAGCUCAUCGAGCGCCGCUCUCUCAACCUCGACUGGAGGGCAAACGACCUCGUUGAGACAAUCGCUUCAAAGUGCAAUAAUACCGUGGUUAUAACGCAUAGCGGCGGCGUCAAUGUCCUACCCUGGGCUGACCACCCAAACGUCACUGCAGUCCUGGCCGCCCACUACCCAGGCGAGGAAUCCGGCAAUGCCAUCACUGAUAUCCUUUAUGGAAAAGUCAACCCGUCGGCCAAGCUGCCGUACACCAUUGCCUACAAGGAGAGCGAUUAUGCGGCGUUGCCAACGACUUCUGUUAACACCACCGGUCCGGACGACUGGCAGUCGUACUUUGAUGAGAAACUCGAGAUCGAUUACCGCUACUUCGAUGCGAACAACAUCUCCGUCCGUUAUGAAUUCGGGUUUGGGCUUUCAUAUACCACUUUCGGGCUAUCGAAUGCGGAGAGCGCGCGUAUUGGUGAUAGUGAUAUCACCGCCAGGCCUGAUGCCCAGCUUGAUAUAGCCCCUGGUGGAAACGCUGGCCUAUUCAAGCCACUAUAUAACGUAUCUGCCUCUGUGACUAACACGGGUGCCUGUUACGGAGGGCAGGUGGCUCAGCUAUAUGUGACCUAUCCGCCCAGUGCGCCAGAGGGCACCCCGCCGAAGCAGCUCCGGGGGUUUGACAAAGUUUUUCUUGAGAGUGGCCAGACGAAGACAGCUAGCUUUGAGCUGACGAGGCGGGAUUUGAGUUAUUGGGACGUUGGGCUCCAGGAUUGGGUUAUCCCCGUGGGCGAGUUUGUGCUCAACAUUGGGUUUAGUAGUCGGGAUAUCAAGGACGUAGUUAAAAUUAGGCCGUUGUAGGCUGGUAGCCUAGCUGGAAUACAUGGUGCAUGUGUUUAUUUUGCAAGGAGUGAAGAACCGUUGGACGAUCCAAUGCAAUUUCCUC